AUGCAGCACCGCCGGGAUGAGAUUCUCGCAAAAAAGGCGAAGCUCGCAGAGCUCAAGCGCCAGAGAGAACUUCGAGCGAGCCAGGCCAACCGCUCGAGUAGCACCCCAGGCGAAGUUGAUAAUCUCCCCAACGCCAAACCGAGCAGGCAGUCGGCGGAAGAAGAGCUGCGAGAGAAUAUCCGGAAGGAGAUCGAGGAGGAACUUCGGGCGGCCAAGGAACUUGUGACGGAUGGCGUUCUUAAACCGUCCGCUGCGGCCAACUUUCCGGCUCGGGCCCUUAGCAGCGAUGAGCUAAAGGCGGUUACGCAAUCGGACGACUUCAUGGACUUUAUCGAUAGGUCGACCAAGGUCAUUGAAAAGGCGCUGGACCAAGAAUACGACAUCCUCACCGACUAUACCCUGCAGGUGCACGACGUGGACGACGACGACGAGCAGAGCGGCAACACGGGGGGCAAAGGUCGGCGGAAAAUCAGAGAGAUCGCGCAAUUUUACGACGAGCGGUGGUCCAAGAAGCGCAUGGUCAGUGCUAUUGACUUCUCGCCCAAGUUCCCCGAACUCCUCCUUGCAUCCUACACCAAGAACCCUACCGCGCCCCACGAUCCGGACGGCAUCGUCCAAGUCUGGAAUCUCCACCUGAACGACCGGCCCGAGUUCGUCUUCCACGCCCAAUCCGAUAUCCUCACGGCCAAGUUCUCGCCCUUCCACCCGAACCUCAUCAUCGGCGGCGCCUACAGCGGGCAGGUCCUCCUCUGGGAUACUCGGGCGCGGUCCGCACCCGUGCAAAAGACGCCCUUAACCGGCUCCGGCCACACUCAUCCGGUGUACUGCGUCGACAUUGUCGGUACGCAAAACGCCAACAACAUCAUCUCGUCCUCCACCGACGGCGCCGUCUGCGGCUGGAGCGUCGAUAUGCUGGCCCAGCCCCAGGAGGCCAUGACGCUCUCGGCGCCGCCGCCCUCCAAGACCGAGGACCUCGCUCCGACGUGCAUCGGCUUCCCGCAGGCCGACCCCACCUUCUUCCUGGUCGGCUCCGAAGAAGGGACCAUCUACCCCUGCCACCGGUACGACCGCGCCGGUGCCAAGGCCGGCGUGGACACCCGCGUCAGCUACCGCGGCCACGCCGCGCCCGUCAUGUCGGUCUCGUUCCACCCGGCGCGCGGGCCCGUCGACCUCGGCGAUUUGGUACUGUCGGCGAGCUUGGACUGGAGCGUCAAGCUGUGGAAAGUGCGCGCCCCUGCGGCGACGUCGGCGGUCGCCGGCUCCACGGUGGGCGCUGCGGCUGGGGCCGGAGGCGUGCUGGGUGCGGGUGGGCUGGGCGGCGCGGGCCUGCUCGAGCCGGCGGUCACGCCGCUGCUGGAUUUUGUGCGCGAGGACGUCGUCUACGACGCCGCCUGGUCGCCCGUCAAGCCCGGCGUGUUUGGGCUCGUCGACGGCGCCGGCUGGCUGGAGCUGUGGGACAUCACGGCCGAGACCGAGGAGCCUGUCUCGCGCAUCUCGCCGAGCCCGCGCAAGGACGGGCGCACCAUGCUGAGCAAGAGCUUGAACAAGCUUGCGUGGGAGCCGAGCGAGGGGAAGCGGCUGGCUACGGGCGGCAUUGACGGGGCUGUGACGGUGUUUGAGGUCGGGCCGGACCUGGGCGGGAAGGAGGCGCUGAAGAACGAGGAUUGGACGAGCGUCAAGAAGUUGGUCAAUAAGCUGGAGGCGAUCGGUUUCCUGGUCAUCUGGCCGGCCUUUGGCAUGAGCCAAGCUAUAAUGUUCCUCCAGCUCUCCCUCAUUCCAGCACCUCAUGAGGUAUCCAUCGUAAAUGCCCCGGAUACCCCCUCCCUCACCUUGGGGUCGCGGCGGGCGCAGUCGAGGAUGUCGAGCCUCUUGCCGCCGUUGAGCAACCUAAUUGAUGCUGUCGAUGGAGAGGAGACCGCAAGCCCCGACAGCGUCCUUGAUGUUGAGGACUACCUUGUCGGCGUCCUCAGGGUACUUGGCUUGGCGAAGUAG